UUAGAUUCAGGUUUAUUAUGGGCUUUUGGUUUUAAGUGAAAGUCCAUAAUAAACCCGAAUCUAACAAUAGAAAUAAUAUGUUAAUUUAAAUUAAAAAAAAGAUGAAUUUCAUCAAUCAAAUAAGAACCAGAUUCAAUCAUCUAAUCUUGAAAGAGCCCACAAAAUGAGAACAUGUAGUGGGGAUGCAACAAAUGAUUUAGUUAUCCAAGACCAAGAAUCCUAAAUACAUAUGUGGCCAGAAAAUAAACAUGCAGUAUCUUACAUAUUCAAUGUAUAUACAUACUGUAAAGAUGAAACAAAAUCACAAUCACAAUAGUAGUAUCGUUUGCACGUGAAUUGGUACCCUUCACAAAUCACAAUCUUCUGCUAUAAUAUAUGAGCACAUGAAAUAAUUCAACUUAGUCAAAUCUUUAAGUUGCAAACGAUAUUAUAAUGUCUAAAUAGGAGCAUUAUUCAAUAGUAUCUGUAAAAUACAGUUUACUUUAUGGCAAAUGAUUUUCCAACAAAUAAGGGUUUUGUCAGGAACAUGAGAUAUCCACAUAUGUACUCUGAGCUGUCCCUAAGUACAGAUAAGCUUAUCAGCAUUAUUUAUAAAUAAUUAACUAAGAUUUAGAAGAAAAAAAAUUUUCUUUUUCAAAUAAAAAUUCAAAUAUCAGUAUAUGUUUGCAACCAAACAUUUGUAUUCUGCUGCAAAUUAUUUCCAAAAUAACAAAAGGAGAGAAUAAUCACAUUACAGAAAGUUUGUUAAUCCUAAAUCUACAAUGUUAAAAAUUUCCCGUGAUCCGUUUCUACGUUUCACUACACUAAUUCUCAUUACAUCCUCUCUAUUCUCUUAUGGAACCGAAGCAAGACUACAUUAUUACAACGACAUACACAAUCCCAACUCAUAUCCAGAGCCACCGUAUUCGCCCUUCUCUCAAUCUCAGCCUCCAUCUAUUUCUCCAGACCCUGAUGACCUGUCACAGCCUCCAUCUCCUUGCCAAGAUCUCGACCAAGAAGUAGUCCACGAUGUGAGAAACUAUGGUGCGGUCGGGGACGGUAUCACAGACGACACUGAUGCGUUCAAGACAGCUUGGGAUUCAGCUUGUAGCAACGACGAGGACAACAACACUGUCUCCAUAUUGCUUGUACCUUUCGGUUUCACUUUCGUGAUCCAUUCCACUAUUUUCACCGGUCCUUGUCGCUCUUACCAAUACUUCCAAGUAUUUUUUUUUUUCAAAUAUCAAAGUCAUUUCAAUUUCUACAAGAUUAUCAAAUAUUGUUUAAUUUCUGGUGGUUUUCAUUUAAUUAAUAAGGUCGAUGGUACCAUCGUGCCACGGGAUGGACCAGAAUCGUGGCCGAGUGGUUUCAACAAAAGACAAUGGCUCGUCUUUUAUCGAAUCAAAGGGAUGGCUCUAAUAGGCAACGGAGUUAUCGACGGUCGCGGACAAAAAUGGUGGGAUCUUCCAUGCAAACCUCACCGGAAUGUCAACAAAACGACUGCACUUACUGGUCCAUGUGAAAGCCCUGCCGCUUUGAGGUUUUUCAUGAGCUCAAAUCUAAGUAUGCAAGGUGUGACUAUUAAAAAUAGCCCGCAGUUUCAUAUGACAUUCGACGGAUGUCAUGAAGUUCACAUCAACUCCCUUCGAAUCACAUCUCCACCGUCAAGUCCCAACACUGACGGCAUCCACAUCGAGAACUCCAACUCCGUUGAGAUUCAUAACUCGGUUAUCUCCAACGGAGAUGAUUGUGUCUCCAUUGGAUCUGGAUCAUACAAUAUCGAUAUACUGAAUCUCACUUGCGGACCUGGCGGCCAUGGAAUUAGCAUUGGAAGUUUAGGCAACCAAAACUCACGUGCAUGCGUCUCCAAUAUUACGGUUAGAGACUCGUUCAUCAAGUUUUCCGACAAUGGUGUACGGAUCAAGACAUGGCAAGGUGGAUCCGGGUCCGUUUCUGGUGUAACGUUCGACAAUAUCCAAAUGGAUAAUGUCCGAAAUCCAAUAAUUAUCGAUCAGUACUAUUGCACGAGCAAAAACUGUCCUAACAAAACAAAUGCGGUUUUUGUGAAUGAUGUAGUAUACCAAAGUAUAAAAGGGACAUACGAUAGACGUAGUCCUCCUAUGCAUUUUGGAUGUAGCAACAACGUCCCAUGCGUAAAUUUGACAGUUUCGGAUAUUGAUUUAGUGCCUUCAAAAGGUGAAAUGGUUGUGGAUCCGUUCUGUUGGAAUGCGUAUGGGGUUGUGGAUGAGUUCUCUGUUCCUUCGAUCUCGUGUCUCAAAUCGGAUCCUUCGACCUUAUUGUUAGGUGGUCUUUUAGGAGAGUGUGGAGUACGGUGAUUUGAAUAGUCAAAACCUGUGUCAAGGAAUCCGUCAAGGAUUUCGUCAAGGCGAUAAAGAUCAAACAAAAUCAAAUAAUUUACAAAAA